AUGAAAUUAAAGAAGGAACGACAACAAAUACGCGAACUCAACGACGAGUCUUGUCGACGUUCCACUCGUGACUCUUCUCAUCCAAAUCUGGAUUCUUCCAACCCUUAUUUGGGACUUUUGCAGAGUAGCCAGUAUUAUAGCAAUAAAAAUUCUGGUGACAGUUCCGAACUGCCGGAAGCUUCCCAACUGGACUGUAAGCCACCUAUCGAUGCCGACACCGUAAUGCUACCGAAAAUACUCGGGAGGACGACCGAGCCCGGACAGCAUCGCGCGGAUCCGUUUAACAAUGAGUUUAUCGGACGUGGACUGGUACAUCCACCCGGGACUCUGGUUGCAUUUCAGGCAGACGCUCACAUGGGUCAUGCUGUCUCAGAGGAGGAAUGUGACGGGCCGGAGAGCGAGGACGAAGACGAGGAAUACGAGGUCGACAAUUCGAUGGAAUCAGACGAUCACGCGGUCAAAAUGCAACACCGGUUUAUGCGCAAUGGCGUAGUACGCCACAAUACUGUACUAACCACGGACUGA